GCCCCUCAUGAAAUUAUUGUUUUAAUUUGGGCCGCUUUAAUUAAUGCACUGUGAAACCGAACCACACUAAGUAGAAAACGAAUCAAAAAUAUCAAUUCCACUCUGAUUCGGACUAGCCAAAUGGACUAUGGCUUGUGAAAACGCCCUUAGACUCUCUCUAACCAAACUUCUAUAAUCAUUUAAAAGCAGGUUUAGAAGAUGCUGUUAUUAGCAGGUAUUGAAGUGCAGACUGUUGCUUAAAUGUCAGAAUAGUAGGGGAAUGUUUUAUCUUUAUUAUGAAGUCCGACUCAAUAACUGAUGCACUUCAAACAGACAAACACGCAGAAAUGUAUGUAAUCAUGUUUAAAGGAAGACUUCCCUCUUAUGAGACGAUAUGAAACACCCAGGGUGCAACUAAAACGGAAGUAAACUGCCGGUUGAAAACCUUACUGAUUAGUCUAGUUUGCUCUGGUCAGAUAAGUCUGCAGCUGUUGAACUCAUGCCCACAUAAACACUGUUAUCUGGUAAGUGUGCUGUUUAAAAAGCUAUUUUUAAGCAAGUAUUUACCAUGAAAAAAUGACAAAAACCACCAGUGCUAUUACUGUAUACCAUAGUCCACUAUUGGCUGUUAGUUUACUCGCUUCUAAGUGCCUCCAAUCUCCUCUGUGGCUCGGGUAAUAAGUAGCUUAUUGGCUCUGCUGUCCCAACAGGGAAAAGCAGGGUGAUCUGCAGUAAACACACACACUCUCACACGCCCAGAAGCACAGAUCAGCUACUAUCAGCCACAGACACACACACACACACAGAUCGCGACAUCCACCGUCGAGGGUGCAACGAUGAUCUGAAAGUUUGUCUCCGCAUUAUUGUAUUUUUGAUCUUAUUGGAAGGUUACCCAGGCCCUUACCACCAGGCACCCUAUCCCAUGCCCCAGCCCGGCGGCCACAGCGUAGCACCUUAUCCAGUCCCUCAGGGGGGUUACGGAGACCCCAGUCAAGCCCCUCCACCUGGUUUCAACAUGAACUACAAUCCUGGCCAAGCUCCUGUCAUGUAUCAGCCCAAUGCGAUCGGCCCAGGCCCAGUUCCAGCACCGGAGUAUGACCCCCGGAUCUCGGCGGCUCCGGCUGUGGUUCCUGUUGGGGUGCCACCGGGGCUCGAAUACCUCACACAGAUUGACCAGAUCCUGAUCCAUCAAAAAGUUGAACUCCUGGAAGCAUUCAUCGGGUUCGAGACUAACAACCAGUAUGAGAUAAAGAACAGUCUGGGCCAAAAGAUCUACAAGGCCAAAGAGAAGAACGACUGCUGCACCAGGAACUGCUGCGGCUCGCUGCGCAGCUUCGACAUGAAGAUCAAGGACACCAGUGACAGGGAGGUCAUCCGUCUCAUACGGCCUUUCCGCUGCGUCUCCUGCUGGUGUCCCUGCUGCCUGCAAGAGAUGGAGGUCCAGGCACCACCGGGCACCACCAUAGGCUACAUCAAACAGGACUGGCACCCUUUCUUGCCCAGGUUUUCCAUCCAGGGAGCCAACAAGGAGACGCUGAUGAAACUGGAGGGGCCUUGCUUUGCCUGCAACUGCUGUGGGGACGUCAACUUUGAGCUGAAGGCCAAAGACGGCAACAAGUCCAUCGGUCGCAUCAGCAAGCAGUGGAGCGGCCUUUUGAAGGAAGUCUUCACAGACACAGACAACUUUGGCAUCCAGUUCCCGCUGGACAUGGACGUGAAGAUGAAAGCUGUGCUCAUGGGAGCCACCUUCCUCAUUGAUUUCAUGUUCUUCGAGAAGGUCGGGGAAGCCAACCAGCGCAGCACGGUGUUUUCAUAACAGGAAUAAAGGAGGCAAAAACAAACAGCAGGAGAGCCAGUUCCAGUUUUGCAUUCUCUGUUCGUGUACUUAAUUUUUGUAUUAGUUUUUUUAAAAUCCUUCCUUCGCCAAAAUUCCAGCCAAAAAUAGCUAGUGAACUCUUUGACUCCAGAUGCCUGCCAAGGAUUGUUUUUGAAAUCUGUCCAAACUUAGCGACUGAUAACAGGCCGCCAUGUUGCCAAUGUUCUUUACACUCCAUACAGUUUGUAGUUUUAUCUACUUUAAAUGAGUGAAUGUACCUCCAGUAGAGAUUUAACCCCUCCCAUAAAAGCCAACCUUUACCCCUUCAAUGUCUUUUUCUUUAUCAACACACGUGUAUGAAUGUGCUUUAUGCUACACUGGCAAUAACAUUUCACAUUUAUGCACUAUGUUUGUCUAGUAUAUGAAGAAAUCACAAUAGGAAUCAUUAGCAACAGCAAACAAACUGUCGUUAUUUAGCCUAUUCAUAAUGUAUAGAGUGGUGGUUGUGUUAGUCUUUUAGUCGAACUUGUGAGAGGUGACACAUGCUGAUAGUAUUUACCAAAGUGCUCUUUCUCUACCUCUCAGCUGCCUUUUCUAUUUCUCAAAGCCCUCUGUCUUAAACCCUGGUGUACAUAAUCUAGCGAUACUGUAGAACAGGCUACAGUGCAAAUGCUCUCAUGCUCCCUCUGUGAUUCAGUGGUUGCCAUGGAGAGUGACACCACUGCCAAACCUCGCCCUCCCAAUUUCUCCAGAUGCCACUGCUUUGAACAUGUGCCAGUGUGAUGAUAUUAUAGGAGAAAGCAAAUGUAGGUUAAUAGAAAGAAAAGAAAAAGCAGAAGUUGAGGUUAGUGACCUCUCAGUGGUGGGAAACCCCCUCCCCCUGUCAGUGGCGGGUUCAAGGAAACGGACUUUCUGUGAACUCUCAUGUGAAAUGUGCUCUGUUUUUCAGCUCAUUUUGAUAGCUGUGUGCUUUAGAACGAGAGGUCAGGUUUAUGUUUGCAAAUGUCGCUUGUUUGCUGUUGAACUCUCUGCUCUGUAUUUAAUAAUCGUUCUCACUGUUCUCGCGAGAUAAACAUGGGUGUUGCCUCCCGUGAGGCUCGGUUGCCACUAGUGCUCUCAAACGCAGCUCCGUAUCUAAAUGUGUCCUAUAUACUGUAUACACUACCGUUCAAAGGAUGGGCAGUACAUUUAUUGCAAUUAUUUGUUCAUUGUUUCAGUUUGAUGUUCAUCUGCAGCACUUAAAAAAUGUUCUAUCUGCAGCAGGCAGGAUCUGUUUCCUGCAUUUCUACCAAAACUUUUGUUAUUGUCUUGUGAAUCACAUUUUUUACAGAAACAAAAUAUAUACCCUGUACUUCAGAAAUAAAACAAAAUGUCAUAUUAA